AUGUCUCUAGACCGUACUAAACCGUCAGAGACAUUCACCGCUUCAUCGUCGCAGGAGCAUUCAGUCUCAAAUCCAGAUUCACGAGCUUCAACGCCAAUACAAGUUCACCCUGGGGCAAGGCCUCCCCCAGACUCGACCUUUCUCACCCGUUUGCAGGUGUACUCAACCCGUAUCCCGCAGAGCUAUGUGACGCCAUUUUGCGGAGCAGGGGCGGGGGUUGCGUCCGGCAUUAUCACCUGUCCACUAGAUGUUAUCAAAACUAAACUCCAAGCACAGGGAGGCUUUUUACGACGAAAUGGGAAACUGGUGCAGGCAGAGGCGUUGUAUAAGGGUAUGAUAGGAACAGGAAGGACGAUAUGGCGGGAUGAGGGCUUGCGUGGGCUGUACAAGGGCCUUGGACCGAUGCUUCUGGGCUACCUUCCUACGUGGGCUGUUUAUUUGACGAUCUACGACCGGUCGAGGGAUUACUUUUAUGGCCAAACAGAAAACUGGUGGCUUGCCCGAACAUAUGCAUCAUUGACUGCCGGAGCAUGCUCUACCAUUGCAACCAACCCGAUAUGGGUUAUCAAAACUAGACUCAUGUCUCAAAGCAUACGGCCAUCAAACGAUGGAUUCCAGGCUCCAUGGUACUAUAAAAAUACCCUAGACGCAGCGCGAAAGAUGUACGCAAGCGAAGGAAUACGGGCAUUUUAUUCAGGUCUCACACCCGCGCUCCUAGGCUUGUCUCAUGUUGCUAUCCAAUUUCCGUUAUAUGAAUAUUUCAAACUGGCGUUCACUGGUUUUAUGAUGGGAGAACACCCUGACGCAGGUAACCCACACUGGGUGGGCAUUGGUGCAGCCACAUUCCUUAGCAAAAUAUGUGCGAGCACAGCAACUUAUCCACACGAAGUACUGCGCACAAGACUGCAAACUCAACAAAGAAUUACUCCCGCUCCAUCACCUGAAGGAAUUUCGUUCCGUGGCUCAGACCAGCCAUAUAGCGGCACUCCUAGCGUGGGUGCAUCCUCGGAUGGAAUGCGUAACCGACCCCGUUAUCGUGGAGUUAUUCGAACAUUCCAAACAAUCUUGAAGGAGGAAGGAUGGAGGGCAUUUUAUGCCGGGAUAGGGACAAACCUUUUCCGCGCCGUCCCUUCCGCUAUGACUACCAUGUUGACGUAUGAAUACCUGCGCAACAUAAUACACUGGGGACAGCAUGAAGGAGAAAUGAUACUGGCUGAGGCUAUGGAGAAUCAGCACAUAUGA